UUUGGCGUUCAAUUUGGUUCUAAGUCUCGUCGCGUGUGCAUCGACGCAGUUCUCGUCAUGGUGCUGUUGAAAGUGAUCAAAUAUCUAGUGGGCUGCGUUGUGCGUGUCUGCAAUGAGCUGUCCCAGAACAUGAAUUCACUUAACAAGAUGUUUAAAUAUCAUUUACUCGAGGCGAAUUAGUUAAGAACCUAGAAAUAUAUUCGUAGUAUUUACCUUAUGUACCUGUGCACAU